AUGGGUUCAUACCCCAUUUAUAAAGGUUUUAACCCUUUUUUUUUAAUUUUUAUUAAUUCAUCUAAAAUUUUAUUUUUUUUAAUUAUAAUCAUAGGAACAAUAAUUACUAUAUCUUCAAAUUCAUGACUAAUAGCAUGAAUAGGAUUAGAAGUUAAUUUAUUAGCCUUUAUUCCUUUAAUUAAUUAUAAAAAUAACUUAAUAUCCUCUGAAGCUUCUUUAAAAUAUUUUUUAAUUCAAGCAUUCAGAUCAGUUAUUCUUUUAUUUUCAAUUAUUCUAAUUUUAAAAAAUAAUUCAAUUAAUGAAUCUUUAGAAAAAAAUUAUUUAAUAAUCCUUUCUUCUUUACUAACAAAAAUAGGAGCCGCCCCUCUCCAUUUUUGAUUUCCUAGAGUCUCAGAAAGAUUAUCAUGAAUAAAUCUAAUUAUUUUAAUAACUUGACAAAAACUCGCCCCUUUAAGUUUAGUCUCUUAUAUUAGAAAUAAUUAUUUAAUAAGAAUAAGAAUUAUUUUUUCUGCUAUUAUUGGAGCCAUUGGAGGAUUAAACCAAACUUCUUUACGAAAAUUAAUAGUUUUUUCUUCAAUUAAUCAUAUCAGAUGAAUAUUAAUUUCAAUAAAUUCUAAUAAUAUAAUAUGACUAAAUUAUUUUUUAUUUUAUUGUUUUUUAUCCAUUACAUUAAUAUUAAUAUUUAAUGUCUAUAAACUAACACAUAUUAAUCAACUUUUCAUAAUUUUUAAUAAAAUAAAAAAUUUUAAAUAUUUAACUUUUAUAAAUUUUUUAUCUUUAGGAGGAUUACCCCCCUUUUUAGGAUUUUUACCAAAAUGAUGAGUUAUUCAAUAUAUAAUUAUUAAUAAUAGAAUAAUAUUAUUAAUAAUUCUUUUGAUAACUUCCUUAAUUACCCUAUUUUUUUACCUUCGUUUAACUUAUUCAGCAUUUAUAAUAAAUUUUUUUGAAUCAAAAAUUUUAUAUUAUAAUUUAAACAAAAAUAAGUUUAAUUUCAUUUAUUUAAUCAUUUCAUUUUUUCUAGAUUUGGUCUUUUAUUAG